AUGAAUGAAGAUGAAGAUGAAGAUUUAGAUGGAGUUCCAAUCACUAUGCCUUACGGUUUAUCUGAAGAGAGUUUGGCACCAUCCACCAUGCAGAAUGUAUCAGAGAAAAAGUUACAGGAAUUGAAGGGCGGUGUCUCUACAAAGGUAUCGUUGUUGGAUAAACACAGGAUUGAUGCCGAUCGAAAGAAAAAGAGAGAUCAAGACGAGACUGCAAAGGUGUUUCAGGACUUUGUUGCCACUUUCGAUGGUGGCGAGAACCAGGCCAGCGCGUCAUCCGCCAAGAAGAAGCCAAUGUUUGUAAAAGCCGCUACAUUCCUCAUGGACGACAAUGGUGAUGAGAAAGAAGAGGAAAUCAAUGAGAGAGACAGAGAUACUGAUAGAAAUAACAGCAACAGCAACAACAAGAAUAACAACGAUGGUUUAAAGUCACCUAUUCUGUCAAAUACAGCUUCGUCCAAUCAGCCACCCAUCGUCAGAAAGCAAGGAAAGUCAAGAUUGAUCGACGAGCUGAAAGAGGAAUUCAAACAGAAUCAAGAAGAGCGAGAGAAGGAUAAAGAUAAGAUGAAAUCAUCAAGGGAUAGAGACAGAGACAGAAGGGACAGAGACAGACGAGAUAGAUCAAGAAGUAGAAGUAGAGAUAGAUACAGAGAUAGAGAUAGACAUUAUAGUGAUAGAGACAGAGAUAGAGAUAGGGACAGAAGUAGAAGUAGAAGUAGAGAUAGAUAUAGGGAUAGAGAUAGAGAUAGAGACAGGGAUAGAGACAGACAUUAUAGUGAUAGAGAUAGGGAUAGGGAUAGGGAUAGAAGAGACAGAGACAGGGACAGAGAUAGUCAUAGAGAUAGGGAUAGAAGUAGAAGUAGAAGUAGAGAUAGAAAUAGACAUAGAGAUGGCAGAGACAGUAGGGACAGUAGAGAUUCUAGGGAUGCAACCUCUAGAGCUGGUGAGAGUGAUAGCAAGGAAGACACUUCUAGUUAUACUACUCUGUUCAUUAGACAGCUCGCAAACAAUAUUACAGAGGAUGACUUGAGAAAGCAGUUCUCAAAGUAUGGUAGUAUUGUGAUGGUAAAGAUUGUACCACCAAAGAAUCCGCAGACACCUUACUGCGCGCUGGUCGCAUACACCGACCACAAGUCAGCGAGUGAUGCGCGUUACUAUCUCGAUAACAAACAGAUGUUGGGCAGAGAGAUGAAGAUUGCAUGGGCAAAGAAUCAGGUUCCUAUUCCAGGAUCGUCGUCGUCGUCAUCGGUCAAUCCCGCAACUGCUAACCCUAACCAACCGGCGGUGUCGUCCGGUACGAAUACACCGAUGAUGAUGACAACAACUACACCUAUGUUUGUAUCACAGCAGCAACAACAACAGCACCAACAACAAAAAAUCAAAGUAAUGGUUCCACAACAGAAGGAGUUGAAAGAUACAAUUGACAGACUAGCUGGAUUUGUAGCCAGAGAAGGAUACCCAUUCGAAAAGGAAAUAAUGGAGCGUGAGAUAAACAAUCCGACCUAUUCGUUCUUGUUUGACAAUAAUUGUGAUGAUUAUCAUUACUAUUGUUGGAAAGUGUACACAUUGGUAGAUGAGUUUGCCAAAUGUAAAUCAGCACCAGUACAAGUCAUCGAAGAUGGUCCAACCUAUACUCCACCACUUCAACCACUUAAUCAUGAUAGCAAUGUCUCUAAACAAUCAAAAGAUAUAGAUACAAAGAAUACAGAUAAAGAUCAUAUUGAUAGAGAUAAUAGAGAUAGAGAUAGAUCAAGAAGUAGAAGUCGUGAUACACAUAUGAGAGAUAAGGAUAGAGAUAGAUCUAGAAGUAGAACAAGAAGUAGAGAUAGAAGAGAUAGGGAUAGGGAUAGAGAUAAAGAUAGGGACAGACACAGAGAUAGAGAUAGAAGUAGAGAUAGAGAUAGAAGCAGAGAUAGAGACAGGGAUAGAGAUAGAUAUAGAGGAAGUGAUAGAGAUAGAGACAGAGAUAGAUAUGGUAGUAGUAGCAGUAAGUCGAGUAGAGACGGAGGUAAAGGAUCGAAGCUGAGUAAAGGAAAAGUUAUUGGUAGUUCCGAUAGAAAUAGAUUCCUGGAUAUAUUACGGUCGUUGAACACCUCACGACAGAGAAUCAAAGAGGCAAUGGGAUUCUCUAUUGAUUGCUCAGAGUUUAGCAAUGACAUUGUCGAUAUGAUCAUUCAAUCGAUAUACAACCAGAGUAACCAGCCAUUCAAGUUGAAGAUCGCCCGUCUCUUCUUGAUAUCCGAUAUACUCUGUAACUGCACGGUGUCGGUGCAGAACGUCUCUUCGUUCCGAGGACUAUUCGAAAAGCAGUUGCCCUACUUCUUUGAGAGUCUCAAUGAGACACUGCGAGGUAUCACCGGACGUGUCACUGCGUUCAACUUUAAGGAUCAGAUUAUCAAGGUGUUGACCUACUGGGAGUACUCAUCGAUCUAUCCAAAGACAUUCAUUCAAGGAUUGAGAUUCACAUUCCUGAAUACCAGUCCAAUUGAGCCAAUCAUAAAGAAGAAUCAACAACAAGAAGAAGAAGAAGAAAAGAAGGAAGAGGUAGAGGAAGAUGAUGAUAUUGAUGGUAUUCCAUUGAAUCAAACACUACCACCACCAAAGAAACAAGAUGCCAACAACAAUAGUAGUGAAAAUAGGAAGAAUGCAUUGGAGGAGAUGGAACGACUCUGUAAGACAAGUGGAUUGGUUAGAAGUGGCUCGUUGGAGGAGAUGGAAGCGAGAUACAAGUUGUACCAAGAUUUCGUAUUGGAGGAAGCAAAGAAGGAACCGACCAUCGAGCUGCAACAGAUAGACUACAAGAGAAUCGAUGACGAAGUUCAAGACUACAAGAAUCGUUUGUUAUUAUCGAGCAAAAACGAUCCAGAGACAAUCAGUGAUAGCAUCAAGCAAUACAGAGAGACAUUGAUUUCCACCUACUCAAAGAACUUCCAUAACACCACCAUCAUAUCAACACCAUCAUCGACCAUCGGAUCAUCAGUCAACGAUUCAACGAAAAAGAGAGAUUAUAAUAAUGAUAGCAAUAGUUUAAAUGAUACAUUAUCACAUAAAAAAUUAAAGAAAUAA